GACAGAACCGCUUCAAAGCCUUUCUAGUUUUAGUUUAUAAUAAAAAGCGGAGUCAUCCCUUUCUGCUUACACUUCAUGACAGUAAUCUCUUCAACCGUGAACAUCUUACUGGUGUGAAAAUAUAUAUGCAUAUGUUAGUUAAUUAGGCCCAUGAUAUGGAUCCUGAAAUUAAUCAGCUUUGCAGUGAGUUGUCCAAACAAGAUGAACAGAAAAUAGCUAUUGGGGUAGUUGAGAAAAAUCCAUCUAUCCAUUUCUCUCUUAGUUUAAGAGAGAGAGAGUUUCUGUCGACCUUAGAUUUAGUUGUCCCUAUUCUCUCGGGUUCGCUGAGUUUCGAUCUUCUUCUAGUUGACUUCCCCUGCCUUCGGGCAGGGACAGACUUUUGUUUUCUUUUGACUCUUUAUCCUGGUUAUGCGGUACACCCCUCCCCAGCCAAGUUAGGCUGUGAAUAGGUCUUAUGUUGUUCAUGCUUGGUUUGGUUUUUGCAUGCAAGUAAGUUAUUCACUGAGAGGAGCAUCAAUCAAAGACCUUGAGUACUGGUUUGCCAUGCUUGUGCUGGACAGAGAGGCGAUAGGGGAUGGUAUCCUGGAGGAAGACUAUGCUCCUAUUGGUCUCUAUCAUCAUCUCAGUUCAAAUGGGUUUGCUCUACGCGUUGAGAGGGCUUCAAUUGCUCCGGCUGUUUCACUUCAUGUGCCAGAGAGCUCUAUGGUAGCACCCUUUGUCAACGUAGAGCAGAGCUUAUUGUCUCUGUUGAGGAGGCUGAGAGGAGGAAAUUUGAAGGUGGCUAAUGGACAAGUAAAAGUCUUGAACAAAAUUUCCCCUCUGAAUCAUUUUCUGGCAUUCAUUACUUGUUAUAUAUUUCUGAUGGUGUUGCAGAAAACUUGGUGCGUUGUGAACCCUUUGACCCGCCACGCUGAGCUACUAGCGAACCUGGACUAUGCCUGUAACCAUGUGGGAUGCUCACAGAUACAGCAGGGGGGCAGUUGCUUCUACCCAAAUACUUAUAUCCACCAUGCCUCAUUUGCUAUGAAUUUGUACUACCAGUACAUGGGCAGGCACGAGGUGGAUUGUAACUUUACAAACUCUGGACUAAUUUCCUUAAGUGAUCCAAGCUCUGGUAGCUGCACUUAUGAGAGUGAUGGAGACAUAGAAGGAAAUGGAACUUCAGAAAACGAAAUAUCGGAAACUUGGUGCGUUGUGAAACCGACAACAGAAGACUAUAUGCUGCAGGAAAAUAUAAAUUUUUCUUGCAAUCACGUAGACUGUUCCCCUAUAAAGGAUGGUGGAUCAUGCUUCCAGCCAACAACUCUAAUGAACCAUGCAGCAUUUGCCAUGAAUCUUUACUACCAGAGCACAGGCAGAGGCAGUACGAGCUGUGACUUCAGGGGCACUGGUCUAAUUGUGACCAGAGAUCCAGGUUAUGGAAAUUGCACUUUUUGAGUAGGUGAACUGUGCUGCGUUGUGAUGAUAUUAUGGUAAUAAAAGUGUGGAAGAAACCUCCUCCUGAUUCCAUCUACUGUAACAAUAAAGAAAAAGAAAUUGUGAUUAUGGCUUCUAAUUACUUGGCACAUUUUUGUAGUUUUUGGUUCCAUAAUCCCAAAAAAGACUCUCUGUUGAAUAAUGAGCAAUCAAAUAGAGGUUUCGGUAAAAAAUUAUUGUCUGCCAUAUAAGCAAUAUGAGAAAACUUUUAUUUCUUACCAUAUGUAAA